ACAUCUGAGAAGUGAGAUAAACAAGGCAAGUAUAAAUACCAGAGAGCAGCAGCUGCUGAGGCUGUUUACUUCUGCAAAGCAGAGUUAAGCAGAGCAGCCAAGGAAAGGGGAAAAGGGCUGAAGCCCAGCCAUGUGGGGAGGGGUGGGUCUGGCCCUCGUUCUCUGUCUCCUCCCAGGAGGAGGGACAGAAAACCAGGGUUCAAGUACCCAUUGUAAAGAACCCCCAGGAUGGCAAAUCGAGGAGACCAACCCAAUGCAGAAUUCUAGGGGCUCAGUGACAGUGGUAGCACUCCUCCAAGCUAGCUGAUACUUGUGCCUGCUGCAGGCUUCCAGAUUGGAAGACCUGAGAGUAAAGUUAGAGAAUGAAGGAUUGGUCAAUAUCUCAUACAUGGUGGUUAAUCAUCAAGGAAUACAUUCCCAACUGAAAAUUCACACACUGAAGGAGAAGGUAUCGGAGAAUAUUACUGUAUACCAGCAAAGUGAGACUCAAACUGAUGUUUGGACUACCUUAAAUGGAAACAAAGAUGAUUUUCUUAUCUAUGACAGGUGUGGGCGUCUGGUGUAUCAUCUUGGUCUGCCUUAUAGCUUCCUGACUUUCCCAUAUGUGGAAGACUCUAUUAAGAUUGCAUACUGUGAAUACAAGUGUGGAAAUUGCUCUUAUAUGACACCAGUUGUUGAAGAUAUAUGCAAAAACAUAUCUCAGACAGCCAAUAAAAAGCCGGCUGAAGAAGCACCAAAGCCACACGAUCGCCAUUCACACCACCACAAUCAACAUAGACAUCAUGGACACAGACACCACCACCAGGAAGGGGACCAGCUUUCAGAAGAUCAAAAUCAACAGGAUUCUGCUCAAGCUCCAAGAAAUCAUUCCCACCAGGGCAGUCAACGUCAUAACAGGGUUGUGGGUCGUAAUAGACAGGGUCAGAAAGGUAGUCAACCAAAUGUAGAAACUGCCCCACAAAGAGAAGUGGGGAAAGUUCCUACAAAAGUUAAGAGGCCUUGAAAAAAAGGAACUGCCAGCUGAAACAAAGAGUUAACCUGAAGCUGGCAGAAAGUGUCACAGUCAACUUCUAGUAGCUGAUGUUGACACUGCCGACACCUGUUGUUUGAAGAAUCAGGAAAUGCAGCCACCUGACACUGUCAGGGAGAACUCCCAUCUUCCUGCAGGUGACAUGGCCAGCUGUUAGCAGAGAACAUCACUGAAUCUUGACAGUGACGUCUGCCCACAGCUGCUUGACGUUCACCAGCAGCAAGGGAGCAUGAAACAUCUGACACCUGACAGUGAGAAGGAAAGACAGGAAACUGAGCAUGAAAAACAAACUAAACAUUUUAACAUCAGGAAAGAUCCCCUCAAUUUGAAUGCAUUUAAUUCUAACACAACUUGUAAUAACAAACUUCAAACUUCUCAGAUUAAUACCCUAGAUAGGAAAUGGAAAAGCAUAGAAAAGUUAAAAUAUAACACUGAAAACAUUUUGUUGUGUGUUACAAUACCAUCAGUAGAGGGUUAUUUUGGAGGUGGGGGUUAAAAAGUAAAAUUAACUAAGCCAUAGUUUGUUUUUUCACUGCUAGUUGAAGGGUGUCUACAGUAUUUGGUUAAUUUGUCUUUCUUGUUUCUCUCCUAAUAUUCUGCUUGCAUUAGUGAGGACAGAAGCAUAAACUAUAACCUAGGGGCUUCUGUUGGAUAUUUAGCAACCAAGAAUAGAAGAAAGCCAGAAAAGACAUUCUAAUCAUGUUUUUUUACUUAUUUCUGAAGAAUGAAAUAUUAAAAAGUUAAUUUUUUCUCAACUAAAAAAGGAGCUAUGAAAGUGAUCCAAUCAUGUUGUUUUUGAUACAUAUGAAAGUUUAUUCAAGAGCAUCUUGCUAUAACAAUGUUUUAUUUCAUCUGUAAGCCAUAUGCCAAAAAUUGCAUUGUUCAAAAAUAAUUGUUUUUGUACUUUUUGAUAUCUUAUAGUUUAAGGACCAGAUCCUGUAUCAGACUCCAUUAGCAAGGACACCUGUACCUUUGUGAAGCUCUACUGAAGGCAAUAGGAUUCUGCAUGGGCACAGGGGGCAGUGUUAGUAGAUCUUAAUGUGGAAUCAGGGCAUGAAACAAGGUUAUGAAUCAAAUUCAAUCCUGGUAUAAACAAACACAGCUCUCACUGAAUUGCGUCUAUUUAUGCCAGGGUUAAAUUUAGCCAUAUAUAUAGAUUAUUAAUGUAACUUACUAAUGAAACUUGUAUAAUGUCUCUCUUGGUGUAGUUAUACUUACACUUUGACUAUCUAAACUAUUCUGAAAAUAACGUAGUGUUUAAUUUGAAGGAUCAUGGAAGACAGAAAAGAGAAUAGAGGUGAAUGCUUUGAAAGCACAUGCCAUAGUUAAUGAGGGUUUAAUAGGGAAACUGUGUCUCCUACAAAACCUGAAUCCUUUAAUGGUGAAUGCUAAUAAGCAAGAAAGCAGUACUGAAUAUAAGGAGAAAAUAGAUGUAUGAUAUAUUUGAUAAGGGAGUUUUCAAUAAAAAAUAGAUGGCAUUCCA